AUGGUUGUCCGGAUCCGUCUGUCUCGCUUUGGCAAUAAGCACCAACCAUUCUUCAACAUUAUUGUUUCUCAAGCGCGAUCGGCUCGUGAUUCGAAACCUCUCGAGGUCAUCGGUACCUACAACCCCGUCCCUCAGCGACCCACGAACCUGUCGGAAGAGGAAGCCCGGACAGCGAAGGCAUACAAGGAAAUUGCUUUGGAUCGGUCAAGGGCGAAGUACUGGCUUGGUGUUGGUGCGCAGCCAAGUGAGUCUGUUUGGCGUUUAUUGAGUAUGGCUGGACUCAUUGAACCGAAACACAAGAAACAAACCUAG